GGCGUGCUCAUCUCCCUUUUCCUAAUAAAUGGUGCAAUUUAGUUGAUCUCUUUUCACAUGUCAAAAUCGUGAAAUUAUUUGGUUAAAACAGUAUCCAAAGUUGAACAUCUUGUUUGGUUAUUCUUAUUAUAGCCAUUUAACUAAUUGUUCUUGUUAAAAAAUUAAUUAUCCAAAAAGAUCGAGACGAAGAUCGUUAAAUACAAUGCCAGCGCCCUCUUUUCUUUCCGUCUUCCUUUCCAAUCUUCUUCUUCCUCCUCCAGCUUCCUCCUCUUCUGCCUGAGCGUUCGGGACCAAAUUAAGAACCUCUCUCUCUCUCUCUCUCACACACACACACACACACAUAUAUCAAAAGCUUGAAGAACGAAGGAACCCUUCAUUCCACUACAGGUGGGGAGAAAGGAAUCCCAGUUCCGUCCCUGUGAAAAAUGUUGGGCGUCAAAUGAGGUCUGCGCCCGUUCUAAGAGUUUGGGCAUUUCGUUUUCAGGGAGCUCUGCUGGAGACGGAGCUGAAAACGGGGUGUUUUUCUGAAGAUGGGUGAUCAUUUUGUGCUCUUAAUGGAUCGCUUGAUCACUGCAUCGACGCUGGAGGCGGCAAUCGAGAGCCGGAAUCUGAGCCAGUUCCCGGUGGAGGUUGAGAAAUCGAUGGUCGAUUCUACCCCGCAAUGGCUUGGUGACAGCGGGACCGGAUCUCCGGCGACCAAGGUGGUGGAGUGCCGGAUUUGCCAAGAAGAAGACUAUGACAGCAAUAUGGAGUCUCCAUGUGCAUGCUGCGGCAGCUUGAAGUAUGCCCAUAGGAAAUGCAUUCAACGGUGGUGCAACGAGAAAGGAGACACGGUUUGUGAGAUAUGUCAUCAGCCUUUCAAGCCAAACUAUACUGCACCUCCUCAGAUGUUCCAUUAUGGAGGCAUUCCCAUGAACUUCAGGGGAAGUUGGGAAAUCUCCAGACAGGACAUGCGCAAUCCCCAAUUUAUAGCAAUGGUUGCAACUGACCGCAGCUUUUUGGAUUCUGCUUAUGAUGAAUAUUCGGCUUACAAUUCGAGAAGUGCAUUUUGUUGUCGUACAGUUGCUGUUAUUUUCAUGGCGCUACUGAUCCUAAGACACGGGUUGCCAAUUUUAUUCGGUGGAGCUGAUGAAUAUGCGUUCACUAUGUUUGUGCUGUUUCUGUUGAGAACUGCUGGAAUCCUCGUUCCUGUGUAUAUAAUGGUCCGUGCUCUGGCUGCUUUUCAACGGCGGAGACAACGUCAGGAGGUGCAGGAUAUCCCACUUACUAGCUCUGAAGAUGAAAUUUAAGCAAUGUGUCUAGAUGUGUUGCACGCAAACUAAGCACGGAGAUUACAUCUAAAUCUUUGUUGCUAUGCUAAGAGACGGUUCCUGUGCAUGCUUCUCUGUGGAAGGGCAAGUUCCUGACUCGAAACUGGCUGAGCGUUGACUUGAUGCUGCCAAGCUGUAUAGUUACUAACAGAGAACACUCACAUGGAGAAGAAAAACACAUGUAUAUUUUCAGAAAAAGAGAGAGUGGAAAUCUCAUUGCCAUUGUAUUUGAAAUCCCAUCAAUGAAAAGAUAGGUUUCUUUUGGAAGA